CGGGUUCAUUUAGAAUUAAAACUUACUAGUUCAGACUAUUUGGUUAAGGAUGAACAAGAAAAUAAAGAAAUUACUCAUAAACAACAAGAAUUAAUUAACCAGCUAUCUCGUUUAAAGAAUGAUAAAAAAAUAGAUGAAAUUGAAAGGGCUGAAUUGGAACAAUCGCUUUUGGAACAAGCCGAAGAAUACAAAAAGCAAUUACAGGAGUUAAAAACCAAGCACAAAAAAGAAAUCCAAAAUUAUCGUUUGUUUAAUUCUUUGGAAAGGGAAGAUGAAGGAAACAAAAAAUAUAAAAGAAAGACCUUGGAUUAUGGAAUGUUAUCUCGUUAUAGCAGUAUUUAUUCAGACCAUAACCGAGCCUCCUCAAUGACUUCGUUUCCACAAAGCCCUACUUUGGAUUUUGAAAUAGCAUUAAAAACUCCUAAAACGGCUAAAUCUUUACAAGAAGAAUUAAGUGGUGCCAUUUUUAAUGAGAGUGAAAAAAGUUUGGAUACUACUCUCAAUAAUUUGAUGGGUGAAAUUAAUCAAGUAAUAGAGAUUUCCCCCGAGACAGUUAAAGAAUUAGAAGACCGUAUUCUUAAUUUAACUCAACAACAAGAAGCCUAUCAGCAACACAUUCAGCAACAAGAAGUUAUGGUCCAAGAACUGGCUCAGAAGAAUAUUCUCUUACAGGAGCAAUUAGCCACUGAACAAGACCAAACUAAACGGGUGCGGAACAUGGAACAGUCCCUCUUAAUUCUUAAUCAAAAUAAUCUGGGAUUGGCGGUAGAAAAAGACAAUUUACAAGAACAAUUACGACAAAAAGAUUAUCAAUUACAAUCAUCAGAAUUAAAACAAGCCAACUAUUAUAAUUUCAUCAAAAGUUUAGCCGAAAUUUUCCCUUUAUCGGAAACUCAACAAGAAAAACUAAACGAGACUGAUGAACCAGACAAAAAGUUCUUAUCUCUCUUGAAAACUAAUAUUUUUGGGGGAGUGAAUAAAUUACGAGAACAAAUUACUAACUCUCGCACUGAGAUAAUAGAAGUAGAAAAGCAAAGGCAACAAUUACUGAAUGAGGUUGAAGAGUUGAAAAAAGAAAAGAAAUCCUUAGAAGAAAGUAUGGAUUUGACCGAACUUCAAGAAGUCGUAGCUGAACUUGAUGAAUUAGAAAAUUAUAUCGAAAUUAAUAAUUUGUUAAAAAAUGGAAAAUACAAUCUAAUGAAUAAAUUAGAAGAAGCCCACAAGGAAUUAGAAACGAUGGAAAAAGAACGCGAUGAACUACAAACUAAGAAUACGGAAUUGCAAGAUGAAUUAGAUAAUGUAAAGGCAAGUAGAGAAAAAGGAGAUGAUGAAAUUGCUGGUUUUAUUGCAGAUGCUAACAGGGAAAUGGAAGAAUUAGACGCUAAGAUAGAACAAGCCACUAAUUAUUGA